AUGACGGAUGAGAAUAUGCCGACGAGCCCUGGGGCCGGAGAGACCAACAUGAAGGAUGCGAUCAACUCAGCGGAAGAGGAAGCAGAGUCCUUUCGGAUUCUCGAACCCGUGUCAGAGUCGUUACCUCCUAGCGAUGAGUUGGAGGUGGACAAGUUGGUCAACUGCGUCAACUUCACUGCUCCUGCCCCUCCACCUCCAGACCUGCCAACUAUCGAGGACCCGAGCAAGGUGCUCGGGCAUUUCGCAUCAAAGCCACACAGCAGAGCUAUGGAGCUGCUGCACGUUUGCUUCCUCCACCUGCCUACCCUCAAGACUCAUCGCUUGCGGGCAGGCAGUCGCUUACCAGAAGCUCGCGAUCUGAUUGAGACAUACACGGAAGCGCUUGAGCGACUUGAGCGAGACGCCGGAAUGAGCGAGAGCGACGAGGAAGAAGCUGAGGACCGAGCAGAGCAUGGAGAAAGAGAAAGGGGAGGUGAAUCAGACAGUAGAGGGAAGCAAUUUAAGGUGGGAGAUGACGUCAUCACUGCUGACGGCAAGUACGGAAGCGUGGUCAAGAUCCGUCAUGACUUUCUUCCCGGGCUGCCAACUCGACUCAGCGUGCCACCAGAGGAACUCAAACUGGAUCAGACGAUUAUGAGGACUCCGACCCAGCCGUUGAGGAUGAGAAAACGCUACUCGUGCUGUCCUCUCUCUCAAGGACACGAUCCAAACAGCAGGAACCCUCGGCUGCAGGAGGCGACUGCUCUUCACUACGCUUCUCUUCACGGGCACACGGAAGUGAUGUCAGUGCUCGUGACAGCAGGGCAAGAGAGGAGCAUUGAGAUGCUCUUGCGAACUUUCGGCAGCUGCGUCAACGUCGUUGAUCUCGUCGGCUCCUCGUCCCUUCACUUCGCAGCUCUUGCGGGGAGGCUCGGUCCCGUUCGCCUUCUUGUAGAGACAGGCGGAGACGUGUUCCUCAAGGACGAAGACGGCAACUCGCCGCUAGACAACGCAGAGCACGCGGCUCGCACGAACAAACUGAUGGACGAGGAGAUGAAAGGAACAUGCGCGAGCUCCGCAGAGCGCUGGGAGGUGGUUCACUUCCUCCGAGAAGUUCAGUCAGUGCGGAUAGACGAUGAGCCUCUGUGA